AUGUACCUUUCCAUCUGUUGUUGCUUUCUCCUGUGGGCCCCUGCCCUGACACUCAAAAACCUCAACUACUCAGUGCCAGAGGAGCAAGGGGCAGGCACGGUAAUAGGCAACAUAGGCAAGGAUGCCCGGCUGCAACCCGGGCUUCCGCCGGCUGAGCGCGGUAGCGGCAGCGGGCGAAGCAAGUCCGGUAGCUACCGGGUGCUGGAGAACUCCGCACCGCACCUGCUGGACGUGGACGCCGACAGCGGGCUCCUCUACACCAAGCAGCGCAUCGACCGUGAGUCCUUGUGCCGCCACAAUGCCAAGUGCCAGCUAUCCCUAGAGGUGUUCGCUAACGACAAGGAGAUCUGCAUGAUCAAGGUAGAGAUACAGGACAUCAACGACAACGCUCCCUCUUUCCCCUCGGACCAGAUCGAAAUGGACAUCUCAGAGAACGCGGCACCCGGCACCCGCUUCCCCCUUACUAGCGCACACGACCCAGACGCUGGCGAGAACGGGCUCCGCACCUAUCUGCUCACCCGCGAUGAUCAUGGCCUCUUUGCACUGGACGUCAAGUCCCGCGGCGACGGUACCAAGUUCCCUGAGCUGGUCAUCCAAAAAGCGCUGGACCGCGAGCUGCAGAACCACCACACUCUGGUGCUGACAGCCCUGGAUGGCGGUGAGCCGCCUCGCUCCGCCACGGUGCAGAUCAAUGUGAAGGUGAUCGAUUCCAAUGAUAACAGUCCAGUCUUCGAGGCUCCGUCAUACUUGGUGGAACUGCCUGAGAACGCACCCUUGGGCACCGUGGUCAUUGACCUGAAUGCCACCGACGCUGAUGAAGGUCCCAACGGGGAAGUGCUCUACUCUUUCAGCAGCUACGUGCCCGACCGCGUGCGGGAGCUCUUCUCCAUUGAUCCCAAAACUGGCCUGAUCCGCGUUAAGGGUAAUUUGGACUACGAGGAGAAUGGCAUGUUGGAGAUCGACGUGCAGGCCAGAGACCUAGGACCUAACCCAAUUCCAGCCCACUGCAAGGUCACAGUCAAGCUUAUCGACCGCAACGACAACGCGCCGUCCAUUGGUUUCGUCUCCGUGCGCCAGGGGGCGCUGAGCGAGGCCGCCCCGCCUGGCACAGUCAUCGCCCUAGUUCGGGUCACUGACCGAGACUCUGGCAAGAAUGGGCAGCUGCAGUGUCGGGUACUGGGUGGAGGAGGGACUGGCGGUGGAGGCGGCCUGGGGGGACCCGGCUCUGUCCCCUUCAAGCUUGAAGAGAACUAUGACAACUUCUACACAGUGGUUACUGACCGUCCGCUGGACCGCGAGACACAGGACGAGUACAAUGUGACAAUCGUGGCCCGGGACGGGGGCUCUCCUCCACUCAACUCCACCAAGUCGUUCGCUGUCAAGAUACUGGAUGAGAAUGACAACCCGCCUCGCUUCACCAAAGGGCUGUAUGUUCUCCAAGUACAUGAGAACAACAUUCCAGGAGAAUACCUCGGUUCAGUGCUCGCCCAAGAUCCCGACCUGGGCCAAAAUGGGACAGUGUCCUAUUCCAUUCUUCCCUCGCAUAUUGGCGACGUGUCUAUCUACACCUAUGUGUCCGUGAACCCCACUAACGGAGCCAUAUACGCCCUGCGCUCCUUUAACUAUGAACAAACGAAGGCUUUUGAAUUCAAGGUGUUGGCUAAGGACUCGGGGGCGCCAGCGCACUUGGAGAGUAACGCCACUGUGAGGGUGACGGUGUUAGACGUGAAUGACAAUGCUCCAGUGAUUGUGCUCCCCACUCUACAGAACGACACAGCUGAGCUGCAGGUCCCGAGAAAUGCUGGCCUGGGCUACCUGGUAAGCACCGUGCGCGCCCUGGACAGCGACUUUGGAGAGAGUGGACGCCUCACGUAUGAGAUUGUGGAUGGGAACGACGACCACCUGUUUGAGAUCGAUCCAUCCAGCGGCGAAAUCCGCACGCUGCACCCCUUCUGGGAGGAUGUGACUCCCGUGGUGGAGUUAGUAGUGAAGGUGACUGAUCAUGGCAAGCCCACCCUCUCCGCGGUGGCCAAACUCAUCAUUCGUUCAGUGAGCGGCUCUCUGCCUGAGGGAGUACCGCGAGUGAAUGGUGAGCAGCGCCACUGGGACAUGUCCCUGCCUCUCAUAGUGACUCUGAGCACGAUUUCCAUCAUCCUCCUAGCGGCCAUGAUCACCAUAGCUGUCAAGUGCAAACGCGAAAACAAGGAGAUUCGCACUUACAACUGCCGCAUCGCCGAGUACAGCCACCCACAGCUAGGCGGGGGGAAGGGCAAGAAGAAGAAAAUCAACAAAAACGAUAUCAUGCUGGUGCAGAGCGAGGUGGAGGAGAGGAACGCCAUGAACGUCAUGAACGUGGUGAGCAGUCCCUCCCUGGCCACCUCCCCCAUGUACUUCGACUACCAAACCCGUCUGCCCCUCAGCUCGCCCCGGUCAGAGGUGAUGUAUCUUAAGCCAGCCUCCAACAACCUGACUGUCCCACAGGGGCACGCAGGCUGCCACAGCAGCUUCACCGGACAAGGGACUAAUUCGAGCGAGACCCCUGCCACUCGGAUGUCCAUAAUUCAGACAGACAAUUUUCCCGCAGAGCCCAAUUACAUGGGCAGCAGGCAGCAGUUUGUUCAAAGUAGCUCCACGUUUAAGGACCCAGAAAGAGCCAGCCUGAGAGACAGUGGGCACGGGGACAGUGAUCAGGCUGACAGUGACCAAGACACUAACAAAGGCUCCUGCUGUGACAUGUCUGUUAGGGAGGCACUCAAGAUGAAAACUACUUCAGCUAAAAGUCAACCACUUGAACAAGAACCGGAAGAGUGCAUUAAUUGCACAGAUGAAUGCCGAGUGCUUGGUCAUUCUGAUAGGUGUUGGAUGCCACAGUUCCCUGCAACCAAUCAGGCUGAAAACGCAGAUUACCGCACAAAUCUCUUUGUACCCACAGUUGAAGCUAAUGUUGAGACUGAGACUUAUGAAACUGUGAACCCCACUGGGAAAAAGACUUUUUGUACAUUUGGAAAAGACAAGCGAGAGCACACUAUUCUCAUUGCCAAUGUGAAACCUUAUUUAAAAGCCAAACGUGCCCUGAGCCCUCUCCUCCAAGAGGUACCCUCAGCAUCUAGCAGCCCGACCAAGGCAUGCAUUGAGCCUUGCGCCUCAACAAAAGGCUCCCUGGAUGGCUGUGAAGCAAAACCAGGGGCUCUAGCUGAAGCAAGCAGUUCCUACCUGCCCACUGACAGUCAGUAUCUGUCACCCAGUAAGCAACCGAGAGACCCUUCCUUCAUGGCUUCUGAUCAGAUGGCGAGAGUCUUUGCGGAUGUUCAUUCCAGAGCCAGCCGGGAUUCCAGCGAGAUGGGAACCGUGCUAGAGCAGCUUGAUCACCCCAACAGAGAUCUGGGCAGAGAGUCCGUGGAUGCAGAAGAAGUUGUGAGAGAGAUUGAUAAGCUCUUGCAGGACUGCCGGGGAAAUGACCCUGUAGCUGUGAGAAAGUGAGGGGGGAAAGGCAUUGGCGUUUUCUUGUCUCUUUGAUUUAAAAAUGAUUAC